CAUAUUGAAAAAUAAAAUUUAAAUUUAAGUUUUUAUAAUAAUAAAAUGGAAAGUACUACUAAAGCUAUUGAAGAAGAGAACACCCAGAUAAUCAGCCUAGAGAAGUCUGUCCUGGCAGAAGCCAAGGAGCAAGAGGUCACCACAUGUCAGAGCAUCCUCUAUAAGGUUCUUCAAAAUAAAAAAAUUGAUCCAUCGGAUCCAGACUCCGAAAAAAUUUCACUAAACAGUGGACUUAACAUUUGGUUGAACAAAAUCUGAGAUGUCAAACUUUUGAAAAGUUUGAAGAGUCUUAAGGUUUUUGAUAUAGGUUUGCUUUCUUUGGAUAGGAUUGCUUCUAAAAAUAGGCGUUUUGUUUUAAACUUCUUACAAUCCUCAUUCCCAAAUAAAAUUAAGAAUCUCGAUUUUUGGCCCAGUGACCAAAUGGAUCUGAAAAGGUCAAACUACUUAAACUCCCUGACCACACUCAGCUCAAAAGUCGUUCGAAAAGUUCAGUUUGGAUAUUUCAGAAUGGGCCUGCCCCAACUCAAGAGGCUCGUGGCAGCUUUUAGACAUGUGAGAACUUUGGUAUUCAGAAAUUGCUGGCUAUCUAUCCCAAGUGUUCCUGAUUUGUCAAAGGCUCUGAAGAAUUGCCAAAUCCAGCAAAUAUAUUUAUUCGAAUCAGGACACUCGGAUUGAAGUGAUUGGAAGAACAACUUCGACGAGUUCGAGAACUUGGUGCAAGGGUUAGCAAGCUCUUCAGAUUUAAGAUUGAGUCUUGAAGAUUUAAUUGUCUAUGACUGCGGAGUAACCAAAAAUAAAGUUGAACAAGUCUUUGAAGAAAACCUGCUUGGAGGAGUUAACAUAAUUGGUAGAGAAUAAAUUUUGG